AAUGUAGUGGACGGAACGCUUCUUUCAACAGCAGCAACAGUUCGUCAGACACCUCGGUAGCUUGAUAGACAAAAUAGACGAACCAAUAAAGCUCUUUAGACGGGUUCGCAUAGCCACUGUGUUUUAAACGCACUUCUAUCGUCUAGUUAGUUAUCCGAUUAAAUUUCAUAUUUACGGUGUUGUUGUUAUUAGUCAACUAGCGGGCUGGUUCAGUUAGCAUUAGCCUAGCUAGCUAACAUCUCCGACCAUGAGUUCACUGAGCUACUCUCCUCCUGAUAAAGAAGAGGAGGUCUGCUGGACGGAGAAAGAAGAUCUCGUGAAAGAGGAGGAGGAAGAGGAGGCUGUUACAAUACAAAAACAAGUCGAGGGUGAGGCUGUUACCGUGAAAGAAGAAGAGAAAGACGUUUCAGUGAAAGAAGAGAAAGACGUUUCAGUGAAAGAGGAGGAGGAUGUUACAGUAAAAGAAGAGGAGGAAGAGAAAGAGGAGGCUGCAGGGGAGGAGGGGGAGAUGACUGUCACAUCCAAAAAGGAGGAGGAAACUGGAUAUCUGGGCCCGGUUUCCCAAAUGCAACUUAAGGCAUCCAAUGAUUCUAAUGAUGAAUUUAAGAUGCUUUUGAGAAACGGUUCCCUGAUUAACACUAGAGAGAGACGUGACUAUCGUGGAUCCUCUGGGGAGACUCAACAACCUCAUGAAGCAGAGAAGAGACUCUCCACAUCAGAACAUCUCAAUAAACACCAGCAGACACCCACAGGGGAUAAAUCCAACCACUGCUCUGUCUGUGGGAAGAGUUACUCAAGAUCAGAUUCACUGAAAGCACACCAGAGAAUUCACACUGGAGACAAAUCUUAUACCUGUGAUCAAUGUGGGAAGAGUUUUGCUACAUCAAGCAAGCUGACUAUACACCAGAGAAAACACACAGGAGAGAAAUCUUUUCACUGCUCAGACUGUGGGAAGAGUUACUCAAGAUCAGAUUCACUGAAAGCACACCAGAGAAUUCACACUGGAGAGAAACCUUAUAGCUGUGAUCAUUGUGGGAAGAGUUUUACUACAUUGAGCCAGCUGACUAUACACCAGAGCAAUCACACAGGAGAGAAACCUUACAACUGCUCUGACUGUGGAAAGAGUUUUGUUAUAUCAGGAUAUUUAAAAUCACACCAGAGAAUACACACAGGAGAGAAACCGUAUAGCUGUGAUCAAUGUGACAAGAGUUUUAGUCACUCAAGCAGCCUGAUUGUACACCAGAGAACACACACAGGAGAGAAACCUUAUAGCUGUGAUCAAUGUGGGAAGAGUUUUACUGAAUCUACUCAGCUGACUAAGCACCAGAGAAAACACACAGGGGAGGAAGUAUCACCAUUGUUGUGACCGUCGAAAGAGUUUUGUUUUGUCAGGACUUUUAUAAUCACACCAGACGAGACACACAGGAGAGAAGUCUCAUAGCCGAAAACAAUAUGACAAAAGAUACUCUGAUAAAAUAUCUGAUUAAACAUCAUACAUGAAGGAGUUGAAUGCUUUUAACAUUGUAGUCAGAGUAUUUUAAUGAUGUCACAAUGUAGAAUGCUUUAACAUUGUAGUAGAAGUAUUCUAAUGAUGUCACAAUGUAGAAUGUUUUAACAUUGUAGUAUGAGUAUUCUAAUGAUGUCACAAUGUAGAAUGCUUUAACAUUGUAGUAGAAGUAUUCUAAUGAUGUCACAAUGUAGAAGCCUAAACGUUUGUCCCCUGAUCUAUUGAUUUCAGCAUGAUAUGGAUAUUAGCCUCAUCAGGGGGAAAAUACAGGCUCUGAAAUGAAAGAGUAGUAUUUAUUUGAUUAACAAAAAAGAAAGUUGUGUUGCACUAUUUAAUUUUUUUCAUCGUCUUAUGUUUUGUUGUGUAGUAAAUAUUUCAGUUUUUAUUUUCAUUGUUUUUAUUCAUCCAUGUCUGAAAUGUGCUGUAUAAAUAAAUCUUGAUUUGAUUUG